GCCGUUUGUUGUUUAGCGGGUGAUUUCGAGUUGUAGGCUGACAGCUCGUAAAUAACAGCGUUUUUACCUGUUGAGCUGGCUAUGCUCUGUUGACCAACCUUUCUGGUUUCAUGAUGGAAACGUCAACGUUUUUUUGUGGUAUUUCUAGACAAGAGUUGUGCUUGUAGCCAAGGUUUUAGACGUCCUUGAAUCUGUCCAAAAAUUUGACCGUACAGACUUUGGUUUAGGAAUACCCGCAAGCAGUAUUUACAAUGUGGAUCUCGUCAUAUUGCUGUAAUAUAUUCUAUCGAAUUGUGAUUUUAGGAACUCUAUGACGUGUCUUAAAUCGUAAUUGACAGUGUAGUUUUUAUCCUAUGUACACAAGCGAAUGGUUGUCAUAGGAGACAGAUUGACCAUCUAAUUUUGCAGAAUCCAGUAUUUAACGUUACUUCGAGGUCUAGGAAAGAAACAAAACGCUACAUUGGUACAAAAACGAUUUUAAAAGGCGCCCAGUUGCCGUCAAUGACAUGGAAGUGGUGGAUUUAGAGAAAAAGGCUAUUGAAGACACCAUGGAACAUCAUAGUAUUUACACCUCGAAUGAUGAAACUGUGAAUGCCGAUGCCAGCGGCAAUGUGACCAAUGGUGAAGAGAAAUUACAGCGUUUAGCUUUGAGACGUCAUCUUGACCAACUGAGUGAACAAGUGUUGGAGAAAGACUACCUUGUUUCACAGUUCAGGGAUGAGCAUAAGAAAUGUCAAGAGCAUAUUGAUGAACUCCAGAAAGAUAAAGAGUUGGUCAGUAAUGAGAUUGAAGAAGCAGAAACUCAGAACAAUAUGGCAUCAUUCUACAGACUGCAGUCAUACCAUGAUAAAUUAUGUGCAGAAAUUGGUGCUGAAAAAGAUGUUGAAAGAGAAAUUCUAAACAGACUUGAAGAGGCAGAAUUUGCUCUUGCACAAGCCACAGUUGAACAAGGAAAGUUCCUCCUUGCUGGACAAGAACUUGAAAAAGAGGAGAAGCUUGUGGAGAAACAAAAGGCUGAGUGGUCUGCAGUCCGUUUACGAAAAGAAAAUAUGAGUGCAGCUGUAGCAGAGAGGAGAAGACGCCUGAGAGAGAAAGAGCACAUAUCUGCCCUAAGAGAAAGAGAGAGAAAACACAGACAAGCCAUUGCUGCAGCCAAACGAAACAGAGAACAGGCAUCCAAGUUUCUUAAGGAGACAAUGUCCAGAGUUCGUCAGAAGGAAGCAGAAGAAGAGGAACUUUCUCGAAGAAAUAUGGAAGACAGAAUGCAGGCCAUAUUGUGUCUUAAAGGCAACAUUGAAGCUAACAAGGAAAAUCUCAGGGCCUUGCAAGCCCGUGAUGCUAAGUUAAGACAGGAAAAAGAAGAGGAGGAACUGCAGGAAAGACAAGAGAUUUUUGCUGAAGGAUUAAAUCCCGAUGAGGAGUUGACAAGAAGAAAAAGGAUCAGACAGUUUGAAAAGGAUAAAGAAGCAUACGAAAGAAGGCAGCGAGAGCGACAGGUUGAAAUUGUUGAAAACAUACUGAAAGAGGAAAAACAGAUGAAAAAGCGCUAUCAACAGCAACCUCAGUUAUGGCCAGAAAAACAAAGAGAAAGGGUGAAGAGGAUAAGCAGGCGACGUCCCAAACCAAAGUUUUUCAAAUCAACCAGUGGAUCAUCUUCUGUGGAGUACAGUGCAGAUGUGGAAGAUACAGGGGGUCAACAUACACCAGGAAAGCUUGGUGCAGUAUCUUCAGAAGAUGACGAAGAUGAUUUUUCCCCGUAUGGAGAGACAAGUAGAGAUGAAGCCAAGGAAGGUGACUCAGAAGCUGAAGGAGAAGAACUGGCCCAACCAGAAUUUAGGGGAUUAUGGGAAGAGGGCGUUCAUAAGGAGAGUCAUCUGAAAUACGCUUUAUCACUAGUAACUGAUCAGGUCUUACUGCGCCGUUCAUUAAAACAUGCGUUUUGCCCUGCCUGUCUAAGUAGCAUUACUACUGACUAA